GGGACGGGACGGGACGUACCCGGCUCGACUCAACCCAACCCAACCCAACCCAACCCAACCCAGCCCAGCCUAAUCCCUGUCUGGGGCGACUCUGCCGGGAGUGGCCUGACAGGACCCGCGCUGUGCCCGAGGCGGCUCCGCUAGGCGAGCCUGUGGGGACGGGAGGCUCCUCCGGUGCCACCCGCCGGGCCCGUCGCGGUAUAAAAAACCACAUAAAAAAUAAAAAUGGGUGAACUGGACCAUGGAGCACUCUUUUCAGGUCAUAGGAUUAGUGGUGGAGACAAUUUGGUGAUUCCUGCAAGAAAUGCUCUUUGCAGCCGGAAGUACAAACCUGUUGACUACAAACAUCUGUAUGAACUUGCUGCAGAGGCAAAAAUGGCCUCUGCAAAAACUCAGUUAAAGAUUAAAAAAACAGAGCAAGUUUCAAAAACUAGCAAAGAGCGAAGGCUGCUGAAACAGCAUCGUCAGGUGUGGUGGCAAGAGCAUAAAAGACUGAGUGAGAGCAGGCAAAAAGCAGAAGGAGAAAUGAAGACUUUUCUUAAUGAAGAAAGCCAUAAGAACAACUUUUUUUUUGAUUUGAGGGACUUAGAGCAGAAAUUGUCCAAGGAGCGAGACACUUAUCAAACAAAUGCUUUAGUUCCUGUCUGGCAGCUAAAGGAGGAUUUGAAACUCAAGCUGGCUAAAAUGCAGCGUUACCUCUCAAAAGAAUCUUGUCAGAAACCCAAGGUCAAUUCAGUUGAAGUGUUACAGCAGAUCAAAUUUAUGAAGAAGCAGCAGAAGGCAAUUUUGGAAGGUCUUAUCCUUGAAAGUCUGGCUUUGGAAAGAGAACUCGAAGAGUAUAAAGAAAAUGCAUUAGUGCACUCUUCUGAAGAGAAGAAUGGACUUUUCCUUGAAGUUCCUCCCGAGCUGCUGUCUCUGGAAUGCCCGUACCCUGACUUGAAGACCUUAGUGAUUGAUGAGUACCAGGAGCUUGCCAGUGGAUACCGGGCGAAGCUUCAGGAGAUCGAUCAGCAGUUAGAAGCUUUAUCUAGGAGCAGUGACUGGAAGGAAGAAGAUCAGUGGGUUUUCCAGACUGUUAUCAAUCAGUACCCAAGUGAUCUUCAGAGGAGGAGGACUUUGUACCUGGAUAUGCUGCAGAGAUAUCUUCCCCACAAAUCCAGGCAGGAGCUGGUUGUUCAUGAGAAGGCUUGGGAUCAUUGCCAUUCCAUUAGGAAUCAGCGCAGAGUCUUGCUGUUAGACUGGGCUCAGGCCAGGAAAGCCUUUGUCCUUAGGGCAGUGGCGACUGCUGCUGAAGCUGCUGCUGCUCAUGAGGCAGAAGUGGUGCUGGCUGAUUCCAGGCAAAAGCAGCUGGAGAUCUGUGCUGAUCUGAAAGCAAAGGUUCUACAGUGGAAAGCACAGCAGGAAGAAGCUGCUAAACUAGAAGCUGCUGUAGCUGCCAGAAGAAAAAAAAAGGAAGAUGAGAGAGAAAGGCUACAGAGAGAACAGGAAACCGUUCGUAGAGCUCAGGAUAAAGAGAAACUGAAAAAAUACUGGGCUGAGAAAGAGCUCAAGUGGCAAGAACAGGAGGAGAGAGAUCUACAACAUCUGGAGGAAUUGAGAAAAUUAAUGGCUGAACAAGCAGCCAAAGACAGAGAAAGGGUGCAGAUCCGACGAGCGCUGCUGGAGAAGCGCUUACUGGAGAAGAAGGAGCUGGCCCUGCUCCAGGCCCGGCAGGAGGAGGAGAAGGAGAAGCGCCUGGAAGUGCUCCGACAGCAGGUUGCUGUUGUUGCAAAAUUAGAUCCAGCCAGAGCAGUGGCUGAUACGGUGGCGUCAAGAGCUCGUCUGGGCAUUGGAACUAAUGACGAGUUUGAGCUGCAGCAGCCACUGUUCAGGUUGCACACAUACAGUGAAGAACAGGUGAUUUCUGACCCCAGGCUUCGUGUUGAGCUCGCUCUCCGGGAAGCUGGACUGCAUAAAACACUUUAUGCAAGAGAGGUUUUGUCAAAACUUCCACCACUGAAGCUUCCAAGAAGAGACAUGGAAUCUACAGCUUUUAGUGUAGAGCACCUCUCAUCUGAGGGGCAGAGGAGCAUCAGGGGUCUGGUCUGGCCCACAAUGUGCAAACCUUAAAUAAAUUCCCUUUGGCUGUGUCCUAGAA